AACCAGUGUGCAUCGUGCACAGUCGUCCCCCUUAGUAUUUUAUUCGCCAAACAAAAUAAUGGCCAACAAGAUAACAUAUGUUAAAAAUGAAGAACCGGCAUUUAUUAAAGCAUUCAAGCAGCAGACGGGUUACACAGAAGGCCCUACAGUAGACUCUAAGCGUGAAGAACUUAAGUAUGAGGAAGAUGACCGGUCUGAUACAGAAGAAGAGAAGCCCACAGUCGUUGUGCUAAAGAGUGGUGACCUUACUGCAGAGGAAGCUGCAGAGCUUCUAUCGAAAUCAGGCGAUGAGGAAACAAGCUCAUCUAUGUACACAACUGACCCAGUUUCAGAAGAAGUCGGAGAGAGCAAGAUAACCUUUAAGAAACCCGUGAAACGUGAAGGUGAAAAGUCAGAACUUAAUGUGAGCACCAGCAAAAAAGCUAAACAAUGUACAGAAGAAACGACGCAAAAGCCCAAAUUGAUAGGAAAGAAAGUUAAGAACGCUAGUUUGUUGUCCUUCAAUGUAGAUGAAGAGGAUGAAACUUGAAGUGUCUAGCUUUAGGUUCAGGGGACUAUUUAGUAAGUUGCAUUUGCUUAUUGACAAGCACUUACAGCGUUAACUUCUUUUUCCAAAGUAUGAAUGUGAAUUUUUUUUGGUGGCAAAUAAACAUGUAAUUUUUAAAUUAAUUUUUUUUCUCGAGUAUUUUUGAAAUUACUGUUAUAAUGUAUUAAAUGGGUUCUUAUCAUGGCAUACAGCUCAAUUUGCUAUUUGAGUUAUUGACACCACAAUAGAAAUGUUAGUUUCUUAAUACCAGGUGGUUACAUUUGUUUCCACGAGCCAACUAUACAUUACUUUCAUCAUCUCCUCUGUCAGAACUGUGUUUCAGUUUUGUUGUCAUCAUCUCACCGGCAUAAUCUAAUGUUCCUGUUGGAUCAAUCGAUUGUGUUUUAUGUUUAUGUUUUUUUUGUAUUUUGUCUAUAUAUUAAAACAGUUUUUCAACAGGGUGAAAAUCCUGGUUAUUAGAUUUGAGUUUGGCAGGCAGGUGUGCGAGCUGGCAGCAUAGAACCGGUGGUCUCCGGUUGAUAACUUUAGUUUGCACUGAAUUAUCUAAAUUAACCUUUGGAUAUAGCAAGCUUGCAUGGAGGUCUUUCUUGAAUGAAUUGAAUUUGGGUUAUGUCAGUUAAUUUGGGGCAGCUGGGUUAAGGUCACAGUCAUUGGUACUAUAAAAGGGUAUCUGCUCAAUAACUGGAUUUGGGAAAAAGAAAUUGCGUUGAAUUUUGUGUGUAGAAGCAUACAUGUAUACCUAGCUUUGGAUUCUAUUAGGGGCCAGUUGGGUCAGAGCUUUGGAUUCCAUUAGGGGCCAGUUGGGUCAGAGCUUUGGAUUCCAUUAGGGGCCAGUUGGGUCAGAGCUUUGGAUUCCAUUAGGGGCCAGUUGGGUCAGAGCUUUGGAUUCCAUUAGGGGCCAGUUGGGUCAGAGCUUUGGAUUCCAUUAGGGGCCAGUUGGGUCAGAGCUUUGGAUUCCAUUAGGGGCCAGUUGGGUCAGAGCUUUGGAUUCCAUUAGGGGCCAGUUGGGUCAGAGCUUUGGAUUCCAUUCGGAGCCAGUUGGGUCAGAGCUUUGGAUUCCAUUAGGGGCCAGUUGGGUCAGAGCUUUGGAUUCCAUUAGGGGCCAGUUGGGUCAGAGCUUUGGAUUCCAUUAGGGGCCAGUUGGGUCAGAGCUUUGGAUUCCAUUCGGAGCCAGUUGGGUCAGAGCUUUGGAUUCCAUUAGGGGCCAGUUGGGUCAGAUCUUACGAUUCCAUUUGGGGCCAGUUGGUUCAGAGCUUUGGAUUCCAUUCGGAGCCAGUUGGGUCAGAGCUUUGGAUUCCAUUUGGGGCCAGUUGGGUCAGAUCUUAUGAUCCAUUCGGGGCCAGUUGGGUCAGAUCUUAUGAUUCCAUUUGGGGCCAGUUGGGUCAGAGCUUAAGAUUCCAUUCGGAGCCAGUUGGGUCAGAGCUUGGGAUUCCAUUUGGGGCCAGUUGGGUCAGAGCUUAGAUUCCAUUCGGGGCCAGUUGGGUCAGAGCUUGGGAUUCCAUUCGGGGCCAGUUGGGUCAGAGCUUGGGAUUCCAUAUGAGGCCAGUUGGUUCAGAGCUUAGAUUCCAUUUGGGGCCAAUUGGGUCAGAGCUUAGGAUUCCAUUUGGGUCAGAGCUUAGGUCAUUUCGGGCCAGUUGGAUCAGGUACAAGGUCACUGUCUCUAUAAUACAAAAAAUGUUUCCUCUCAUUUGAUGAGUUCAUUUUUAGCGAGGCCGUUUUCGGAAAAAUAACACGAGCUAUUGUCAUAGCCAGCUCAUCAUCCGCCGUUCGCCGUAGGCGUCGUGCUAAAACCUUAACAUUGGACAUAACUUUUUAAAUAUUGAAGAUAGCACCUUGAUAUUUAGCAUGCAUGUGUAUCUCAUGGAGCUGCACAUUUUGAGUGGUAAAAUUUCAAGGUUAACAUCAUUCUUCAAGGUCUAGGGUCGAAAAAAACAAAGACAAGGGAAGUAAUAAGCUUUAAAUGGACAUAGUUAUCUGACCUGCCCACGUAUAUAUUUUUGUUAAAUAAAUCAAAGCGGCGCAGUAGGUGGCAUUGUGUUUCUGACAAACACAUUGUGGUAAAAGUUCAAGGUCAUCCUUUACGGUCUACGGUAAAAAAUACAAAUUUAAGGGAAGUAAUAAGCUUUAAAAAGGGAGAAAAUUAUUCAAUAUUGAACAUAGCCACUUUAUAUAUUUGGCAUGCAUGUGUAUCUCAUGGAGCUGCACAUUUCGAGUGGUCAAUCACAGUCAUGGUAGUGGCUUUUAAUUAUUUGCUACUAAAAAUAGAGAUUUGUUAGAGACAAUUAUUUUCAAGGGAAGUAAUUUAUAUAAUUAUAAAUGUCAUAUUAUAUAUUUCCUUACCAAGAAUUGAAGUUCUUAUCACAGUUACUGUACAUAUUUUUUAUUUUGAUUAUUUAUAACUCAAAUGAUUGAUUUGUCAGGUUUUUUUUUUAAUGAUAUAAUUAUAAAUUCUUUGAUGUUCAUUACAUACCUGUGGACACAUUUCCAUAGUUUUAUAGGGAGAUGAUUUCUAUACUCCUGCCAAAUAAUAAAUAGCAAUUUUAUUUCAAAGCGGCGCUAUAGGGGGCAUUGUGUUUCUGAAGAACACAUCUCUUGAUAUAAUUAUCAUUUCUUACCUGUUCUAAUUUGUGAAUGCUAGUUUUCAUUAAAUACCAGUGGACUUAUGUCCAUACAUACAUGAUGAACUCUGGCUAUGAUCUCUUUGAUAAACCACAGGACUUGGUUGUUAGUGAUGUCAGACCCCCCCCCCCCCCCCCCCCCCCCC